GCAACAAGCCUAAAUUAUAUCAUUGCUCUGACCAGGACUCUAGUGAUGAUGACAUCACAGAGGGUGGGGCUAAGAAGGAGGCUGGAGUUCCUGCAGAGGAUCCAGAAACCAAAGAAGAAGAGAGCGUUGAAGCACCAGAUGAUGGAGACGAGUUUGACCAGAGCUUCCUAGAGAACAUGGAGGACUUUGUGACCCUGGACGAGUUGGAUGAAGACGACGGCGACGAGGGCGACGACGGCAUCGACAACACCAGGAAAGGGGGCAUGAGGGUGGUCAACAUCCUGGGCUUCAGGCGCGGCUACAACUACCGCAACGAGAUGCUGGCGCUGGCCAAGCCGUUCGGGAAGGUGGUCAAACAUCUGGUUCUGGAUCUGAGACCCGAGGCCUACAUCCAGUUUGAGACGGAGGCAGAAGCCGUCAACAUGGCUAAGUUCUACAACGGCAACGUGACGGCGACGGUUUGCGGCCGGCCUGUCAGGAUCACUCACUCCAUGAGCUACCCCACCAUCCAGGUCAGUCCUCCAGCUCUUCUUCUGUGGUUUCCUGGCCCCUCUGCGUGUUAAAGUUGCUUCUGGGUGUUUCCAUCAGGUCUCUUUGUCAUUUUAGAUGAAACUGGACAUUUCAAUAAAACUUGAUAUGUGAGGUUCUGUUCUCCAGGGGGCGGAGCCUCUCCAGCUGCCCUGCUGGGUUGGUCUGUGUUGCAGCGUAUCAGAAUCCACCUCUGACCAGAGACUGGGUCAGUGCAGUGAGGAUGCUGAGGUUUUCCAGACAACAGA